CUAUCCACCGUGCGCCCCCGGCCACCCUUUUCCGGGAGUCGAAAUUUCCCGGGGAUUAUGUUUUGGAAAGGGAGGUAAGCCCCGGGCGCGGCGCCCGCUUCCUCGCAGCCGGGACCCAGAGAGCCAGCGAGACGGAGGCAGCCGGGGCAGCGAGCAGCGGAGCGGACGGCUGGUCCCUUUCUCCUCUGGAGGUGCUGCCGGUGGGAGAGGGGGUGGGGGGGAGAGACUUGCGCCAAACGCGGACUUCCCACAGCUCUCCCCCCCUCCCUGCUUUCCGUUAGGAACCCGGCGAGGAAAUACAUGCACUGGCUGAGAAUCGCCCGCGCCAGGGCGCAACACGACAAGGUGUAGGGACCGUGUGGGGUGGGGCCAGAGGGGACCCAGGAGUCCCUGGUGCCUGGGAGCUUCGGGGCUCUUAGUUCUUCAUUCCUGCCCUCGGGGGCGGACGGAGUGACCCGGGCCGCACCCCCUGCCCCGACCAUGGUAGUGUUCAAUGGCCUGCUGAAAAUUAAAAUCUGCGAGGCCGUGAGCUUGAAGCCCACAGCCUGGUCGCUGCGCCAUGCGGUGGGACCCCGGCCGCAGACUUUCCUGCUGGACCCCUACAUCGCCCUUAAUGUGGACGACUCGCGCAUCGGGCAAACGGCCACCAAGCAGAAGACCAACAGCCCGGCCUGGCACGACGAGUUCGUCACCGACGUGUGCAAUGGGCGCAAGAUCGAGCUGGCCGUCUUCCACGAUGCCCCCAUCGGCUACGACGACUUCGUGGCCAACUGCACCAUCCAGUUCGAGGAGCUGCUGCAGAAUGGGAGUCGCCACUUUGAGGACUGGAUCGAUCUGGAGCCAGAAGGAAGAGUCUAUGUGAUCAUUGAUCUCUCGGGGUCGUCGGGUGAAGCCCCCAAGGACAAUGAAGAACGUGUCUUCAGGGAGCGCCUGCGGCCCAGGAAGCGGCAGGGGGCCGUCAGGCGCAGGGUCCACCAGGUCAACGGCCACAAGUUCAUGGCUACCUACCUUCGGCAGCCCACCUACUGCUCCCACUGCCGAGAUUUCAUCUGGGGUGUCAUAGGAAAGCAGGGGUACCAAUGCCAAGUGUGCACGUGCGUGGUCCACAAGCGGUGCCAUGAGCUCAUCAUCACCAAGUGUGCGGGGCUAAAGAAACAGGAAACCCCUGAUGAGGUGGGCUCCCAGCGGUUCAGCGUUAAUAUGCCCCACAAGUUCAGCAUCCACAACUACAAGGUACCCACCUUCUGCGACCACUGUGGGUCCUUGCUCUGGGGCCUCUUGCGGCAGGGCUUGCAGUGUAAAGUCUGCAAGAUGAACGUUCACCGUCGCUGCGAGAGCAACGUCGCCCCCAACUGUGGAGUGGACGCCAGGGGCAUUGCCAAGGUGCUGGCCGACCUGGGAGUCACUCCGGACAAGAUCACCAACAGCGGCCAGAGGAGGAAAAAGCUCAUCGCCGGAGCCGAGUCCCUGCAACCUGCUUCUGGAAGCUCACCGUCUGAGGAAGACCGGUCCAAGUCGGCACCCACCUCCCCUUGUGACCAGGAACUCAAAGAACUUGAAAACAACAUCCGGAAGGCCUUGUCAUUUGACAACCGUGGGGAGGAGCACCGGGCUGCAGGUUCCACUGACGGCCAGCUGGCGAGCCCUGGCGAGAAUGGAGAAGUCCGGCAGGGCCAGGCCAAGCGCUUGGGCCUGGAUGAGUUCAACUUCAUCAAGGUGUUGGGCAAAGGCAGCUUUGGCAAGGUCAUGUUGGCGGAACUCAAGGGCAAGGAUGAAGUGUAUGCUGUGAAGGUCUUGAAGAAGGACAUCAUUCUUCAGGACGAUGAUGUAGACUGCACCAUGACCGAAAAGAGGAUUCUGGCGCUGGCUCGGAAACACCCGUACCUGACACAACUCUACUGCUGCUUCCAGACCAAGGACCGCCUCUUUUUCGUCAUGGAGUACGUCAACGGCGGAGACCUCAUGUUUCAGAUUCAGCGCUCCCGAAAAUUCGACGAGCCCCGCUCGCGGUUCUAUGCGGCCGAGGUCACUUCCGCCCUCAUGUUCCUGCACCAGCAUGGCGUCAUCUACAGGGAUUUGAAACUGGACAACAUCCUUCUCGACGCAGAGGGCCACUGCAAGCUAGCUGACUUCGGCAUGUGCAAGGAGGGGAUUCUGAACGGAGUGACCACCACCACGUUCUGUGGGACCCCUGACUACAUCGCCCCUGAGAUCCUGCAGGAGUUGGAGUACGGCCCGUCCGUGGACUGGUGGGCCCUGGGGGUGCUGAUGUAUGAGAUGAUGGCUGGGCAGCCUCCGUUCGAGGCCGACAACGAGGAUGAUCUCUUUGAGUCCAUCCUUCACGAUGAUGUGCUGUACCCGGUCUGGCUCAGCAAGGAGGCUGUCAGCAUCCUGAAGGCGUUCAUGACCAAGAACCCCCACAAGCGCCUUGGCUGUGUGGUGGCACAGAACGGCGAGGACGCUAUCAAGCAGCAUCCGUUCUUCAAGGAGGUCGACUGGGUGCUUCUAGAGCAGAAGAAGAUCAAGCCGCCCUUCAAGCCAAGAAUUAAAACCAAGAGAGACGUCAAUAACUUCGACCAAGACUUUACCCGGGAAGAGCCGGUCCUCACGCUGGUGGACGAGGCCAUUGUGAAGCAGAUCAACCAGGAGGAAUUCAAAGGCUUCUCCUACUUUGGUGAAGAUCUGAUGCCCUGAGCGGCUGCUCUGCGUGGAGGUGUCGAUGCUGCAAGAAGGGGUGCCGAGAAGAGACCUGCUUUCCAGAAGCUCAGAAGGCCAUGAACUACUUCUCCUGCCCAGAGUCCCAACCCCACUUAUGCUUUCUAUUUAUUGCAUCCCUUACCUAGGCCAGCCCCUCUCCCCGGUCCCCGACCCCCUUCCAUCUGGUGACCGGAAGCACUCUCAGACUCUGCUAGUGAUGCAGAACCACGCUGGCACAGCCGUGUUUGCACUGCUGGCAACUGGCCGGAGGACACCUGGCCGGAGGACACCUGGCCGCAAAGCAGCCUGCUCUUGCAGCAGAGAGCAGGGAAACAAGCCAGCAGGCUCUGGAUCAGCUACUGGACAGAGAGGCCCAGCUGCCCUCGCUU